AUGUUGGUUCUCCUUACUGCUUAUGGUCUGCUGCAGCUGGCAGCCUCUAGUGUGCUACCACAGUACAGAAAAUGGCCAGCAAUGUCUACAUACAAAAAGGAUAUUGACAACCAUACAUCAGUGGCUGACAAUAUCAUAGAUUAUAUCCUUGCUGGGCCAGCUAAAGGAGAAGUGUACAGGCGGUUGGCAAGAAUGACUGAUAAGUUUGGUCCGAGAUUGUGUGGAACUGAAACGCUGGAGGAUGCAAUCAAUUACAUGGUAGAUGAGUUCACACAGGAUGGUCUGGAAAAUGUGCGCAAAGAAGCUGUAACUGUCCCACACUGGGUGCGAGGCAAUGAGAAGGCACAGUUGAUUUCCCCUCGAUCAAAAGAUAUAGCAUUGUUGGGACUAGGCAAAAGUAUUGCCACUCCCAAAGAAGGAAUUACAGCAGAAGCUCUUGUGGUCCGGAGUUUUGAUGAACUACAUGCAAGAGCAGGUGAAGCUAAAGGAAAGAUUGUUGUCUACAAUCAAGUGUGGGAAAGCUAUGGCCAGAGUGUCCAGUACAGAUCUGCUGGAGCCAGAGAAGCAGCUAAAGUUGGAGCCGUGGCAGCCCUUGUCAGGAGUGCUGCAUCACUGUCUAUCUACAGUCCUCAUACUGGGACAUUGUCCUAUCAAAAUGGAAUCCCUAAGAUACCUGGAGCCUGCAUAACUGUUGAAGAUGCUGAGUUGCUGUGGAGGAUGUCACAGAGAGGGGAAAAUAUCACAAUCUAUUUAUAUAUGGAGGCAGAAACUCUGCCAGAUGUGGUAUCCUAUAAUGUCAUUGGUGAAAUCAAAGGAAAUCUUUUUCCGGAUGAGGUUGUGCUGGUCAGUGGUCACUUGGACAGCUGGGAUGUUGGGCAAGGAGCAAUGGAUGAUGGAGGCGGAGCUUUCAUCUCUUGGGAGGCCUUAUCUGUCAUCCACCACCUUGGUUUGAGACCCAAAAGAACACUUCAGGUUGUGCUGUGGACUUGUGAAGAGUUGGGGCUGUAUGGUGGCAUAGAAUACUUUGAGAAGCACCAGAAAGAGGCACAAAACAUGAACAUUGUCAUGGAGUCAGACAUGGGGACAUUCACCCCACAAGGCUUGCAGUUCACAGGAUCAGACGAGGCCAUGAAAAUUAUACAAUAUUUAGCAUCAACUCUUCUGAAAAGACUGAAUGCCACUGAUGUGGAUGAUGGAGCUGAUUUAUCUGAUGUAAAUCAGUGGCCUUCAAUUGGUGUUCCAGGUGGCAGUAUUAAAGUGGAAAAUUCUGAGUACUUUUAUUUUCAUCAUACUAAUGGUGACACUAUGACAGUGCAAAACCCAGAUGUUAUGGAUCUUUGUACUGCUGUUUGGGCUGUCACAGCCUAUGCUUUAGCUGAUAUGGAAUACAUGUUACCUGCUAAUAGAACAGUAACAGUUAAUUAA